AUGGGGUCGUAUCCAUGGGGUCGGACUGCAUACGAAGUUCUCAUUGACUCUAUUAAAACGUUGGCUCCAGAAGGAGGUUCAUACACAAUAAGCAGCAUGACCGUCGCGUUAUUGAUUUGGGCGUAUGAAUCCGUCGCCUGCUUCGGUGAGAAUUUUGGGAGAGUGGUGAAUAAUGAAGACAUUCCGGUUUUGCGAUGGGGUGGAAAGCGUACACGUGCAAGUUUUGAUAACUUGUUGGCUGCCGAAAUCAAAGAGCAUGGCAAGGUGCGUGUGAGGAGAAUGGUUUUGAAGGACUUAAUUGAAGAGAUGUUUCCUAAAUGGUCGGGUGAACCUGACGACCCACAACUCGGGAAUGCGCAGGGGAAGGGGAAUGAGAAGAAGAAGAAAAUGAAGGGUGGAGUUUUGUCAGAAGCUGAGCCACCCACUAAGAAGCAGAAGAAAGUUAAGACACAGAAUGAAGUGAACAACAUUGAGGGUAAACCUGUUGCAACGGGAAAGGAUUCUAGCGAGGAGUAA